UGGAAGUGCGUUUGCUCAAUCUAAACGCUAAUGACAGCAAUAAUUUAACGAACCUAGUAAAUGAUUGUUUCGCAAAUCAUUGGGAAGAUAAUACAGAAUGUCCAGAGACCGUCUUGACAUAAGAGGAUGACCCGGAAGACGACGAAUUCAAUCAAUGUUUAGAUCGCUUCGACUCCGUGCCAUGAAGGAAUACAAAGUGUUCACUGCGAACACAGAAUUCAACCCGCUUGAGUGGGAAAAUUCUUCAAAGUUCAGCGCCACUAAAUACGUUCUAGCAGGUACAUAUUUCUACAGUUUUACGACACGAAAGUCCACUGGGGGCGCUAAAGAGAAGACCUCUGUGUGACACAUCGAUGACGGUCGACUCCACAUACAACACGAUUGAGCGUCAGAGGUGUCAAAAAAUAAAUUACUGAGAAGGAUUGUCAGCCUACAGCAGUGUAAAAUAUGGAGGAGAGAUUAGAGCCUGAUCUCGAUGAAAUAAUGGCUGAUUUGGAGGAGUUACAGAGUGAGGAGGCAGUAAAAGAAACACCAAAAAAACGAAAAAGAAAGAAGAUAAAACUCAGGUGGAAACAAAGAGACCAAAAAGGAUUCUUGGUCUAUGAGAAGCAUAAACGAAAGACAGACCGAUCUGAAAGACCAGUUGCCUCAACCAGUGCCUCUUCAAAUAACCCUCAAGAAGUUGAGCUUGAAACUACAAACACAUCUGAAGCCUCAACUACCAAACAUUUUGGAGAAGUAGAUGCACAUCGGAUUAUUGAUUUACAAGUACAUCUACUCCAAGAUGCAAUUGACUGUGAUGAACCCAGAUCAACAGCAUCUAAUGAUUGGGCACUGAGGCAAUCCUUGUCUGAAGAACGCUGGCAGGAAGCAAGACCAAAACUCCUUGACAGUUUGCUUGCUUCAGACUGUGUACAUCUUGGUCCUUGUGAUCACUGCAGCUUGAAAGAAGCAGUCAUCAGGUGCAAGGACUGUUUGCCUAAACCCCGUUACUGUGGAAAGUGUGAUGUUUCUACGCAUCAACAUCUAGUUUUUCACAACAGAGAGACUCUUAUAGAUGGGUUCUAUAAACCUGUCCCUCCAUCAACUGCUGUGCAAGACUUCAGUGGCCAAAAUGUCAUAUAUGAGCAAGUGUGCUUGCUGCCAAUCACACAACCUGAAAAAGUGUGUGAUUGUGACCCUCAAAACCUCUCUGUUGUCGCCGGACGAUCAGUUGCACUCAUUUGCAUAAAUGGUCGCUAUGACAUGUACCGGCCAGUUAUGAAUUGCAGAACAUGUCAUGCGUCAUGGACACCUGAAGUGGGAGACCUGCUGUGUAGUGGUUACUGGCCGGGCACUGUGGGAUUUCAAACCAUAUACCAGCUAGACCUUUUCACCUCUUUUGAGGACCUGAAGAUCAAUGCACCUGGUCUUUCAAGACAAGCAUUUGUCAAAAUGUUAGAACAGCGCUCACAACAAUUUGGAAGGAGAGGUUACAUUUGUGGCGACAUCUUCCAAAAAGCUUUCCUUGAAUGGACAUAUUGUCGUCAUGAAAGAGAAAAACUCUGCGGCAUUGACCACUUCUCUUGCCCAGCUUGCACCCCAGAUACAGUUGCUGUGUCUGCAGAUGGAAACAGAAAAUUAUAUAGAUUCAGCAAAACAAAGGGGGUAGAGGAACAACCAUUUUUUGAUGGAGUUUUUCUGGCCAAUGACAAAGCUGUAGCAACAUUUGUUGAUUGUGUUCGUGAGAAGAUCAAGCCAGUAAGUGGAAAAGGCACCUGUGGAACAUCAACAUGGGCUGCAGCCAGGGAGACCUCUAAGAAGACAAACUCCAAAUGUGACGAAGAAGGCUUAGAGGUGGCAGUUUGCAGACACUGCAUAUUGCUUAGAGGUCUGAACAUGUUCAGGGGGGAGAUAUUUGCAUACCCUCUGUUUUUGCAAAAUGAUCUGGCCACAAAAACAAAUUGCAAGUUCUUCUGCACCGACAUCAUGUGUAGAUAUUGGCCUUAUCUACAAAAGGUGGCUCAAGCAUUCCCAGAAAUGAAAAAAUUGACUCAGAUGAAGCCAUUUCUUUCGGUCAUGCAUGCAAAGGGGCAUUCUACAAAAUGUGAGGUGCAGUGGGGUGGCAAAAACCAAACAGGGGCAGGCACUACCAUUGGUGAAGAAGUUGAACAAGUUAACAGCUUUUUGUCCCGUGUGGCUCUAACUACAAAAUACAUGAGUAAGGCUGCACGAGUAGAUAUGAUCACAUUGCAUGCCAGAGGAUGGAAUGAGCGAAAAAAAAGAAACCUGCACAAGUACUUGUCUACACGGUACUUGAAGACUAUCCAGAAGACAAAGGAAGUCAAAGAGGACAUUGAGGCUAUAAAGAAGUCCACACAAAGGUCUGAUGAGGAACUACAACAGUGGGUUACUGAUGUGAGACAGUGGGCAGUUGACACUCCAGAUGACCUCUGAACAGAUGAUCCAGUGGCGUUGCAACAUCUGAUUGAAGGCCUAUUUUUGGGCAUCCAGCAGAAAAAGAGGGAUCUGUAUCGUGUAACCGACCGUAACAAACAGCGACACAAGAUCCGAAGACGGAUUGGAGAGGAUAAGAAAAAGCUGUUUAAUGCCAUAUCCCAAUACGACGGUCUUCCAACCACAACAGAAUCUGUAGGUUCAAUUGAAGACCUUCUUACAACAGAAAGUCCUAUCUGGCCUUGGGAUUCUGAACCUGACACUUCUUUAGGAAUGAAGAAGAAAGUUUUUGACAAGGUGAUGCAGCUGGAGAGACUGAUUGAGGAAGAGGCUGUACUUGUAGAGGAAAUGAAACAACAUUGGACACAGCUUACAAGAACCUACAGGGCCUUGAAGGACCAGGCUAGAGCAGUGUCAGAUGACCUGGCCACACGGAGUGUUUACUAAUUUCUAAAUAUUGUUUACUUAGUAUAGCCUAGUUUAAAUAACCUGCUUAAAGAUCAUAAUACCUGGAAAGUCCCAAAUUGAUGUAGUGGUGCAUACUUCUAAACACUUUCUUAUUUUCUAUCCGAAAUUUUAGGCUUCCCUUCAGGACUUUCUGGUGAAGCUUACCGUGGCCUAUACAGUGCUGUCCUACAAAAAUGUGAGGAGAUCAAAAGAGACCUGGUGACUGUGAAAGAAACAUAUUCCCGAAUAGCGUUAGGUGGCAAUGAUGGACCUGUUGUUGAAAAAGAAGAUGAAGACCCAUUUGAGCAUGCCUCCACAGAUGCCUCUACCGAUGAUGAAUUAUAGUUUUGACUAGAGUUUUGACUGGUCUUCUUACUCUAGGUGGCUCAAGUUUGCUGGGUGCAGUAAUUUACUCCUCUCCUGUAAAAGUAACAUCUUAAAUCAGACUUUCUCUGCUCUACUCAGCCACUUUGAUGAAUCUGUGUUUUGA